AUGGCAUCAACGGCGCCGACGUCGUUCACUUGUACUUUUUGCUACCAGCCCUCGGACGGCCCUUCACACAUCAUCGGCCGGGAAGCCCGCCUGAGCUGCUCCCCCUGCUACGCCGCGCUGAUCGACCUGGCCAUCUGCUGGGUCUGCGGCGAGAUCGUCUACCGCGGGGACGACUGCCUCAUCUACCGAGGGGUGUCUGUACUGGACCUCUUUGACGAGAGUCGCGAUGCCGGUAUCGAUGGAAGGAGCAUGGCCGGCAGGGUUGCUGGGACGGAGGGCAAGGGGAACAUGAAAGAGGUGGACGUGGUGCCGCUUUGUGCUGCGUGUUGUGUUGGUACGGAGGGGGAGGAUGUAGUGCACAAGGGGUUGAGGAGGGUUGAAAGGGCUGAUGGUGGGCUUGGUCGUGCGAGAUGGGGUGCUGGUGAGAGCAGAGUUGGGCAGUUGAGGAGGGCCCCGGCGUCUAUUAGGUCUCUCAGCCCAGACUCGUCAUCAUUCCGCAGAAUAGGAGACGGAUCCCACGAUGAGAGUAGAGGGUAUCUGGCAACACCACCUGGAGACUCUACGAUAUACGUCUCCAUCAACGAUCCCAUCGGCCAACCUGCCUUCAAGCCAAGUCCGACGAAGCCUAUACCGGUAUGGAUGCAGCCAUUUCGGGGCCUUGAGCAAGUGGUCAGUGAAGAGCAGAAAGAAAUUCAUGCGUCUCACCCACUAUCUGGCCUCUCACAGACCCCAGCGACGUCCAUCUCCGGGACCCCUUCACUGGGGUCAUCGAAUUCACUUACACCGACCAUCAGACCAACUACGCCGGUCCGCGCCACCUCCCCGCCACAAACGCCGCCUAGGUCUCGUUCGAUCUGGACGCCGGCAGAGAUCCGUCGGGCACCGCCUCUCUCGUGGGUCAGCAACGAGCCCCUCAAACGGCCGUCCUCUCGAUUUGCGUCUCGCCUCGAGAAGUCGGACACAACGACGUCGUCAGGUUAUGUCACUCCACCAGAGACACCCUCCGAGCAGCAGACACGGUACAACACCCCACCGCCGCCGCCCCCGCAGCUACGGCGCGUGCGGCCUCAGAGUCCACUGGUCCCUGCUCGAGUCUCACGGCAUCACGCUGUGCGUCGAACGCCUCCACCCCAGUCGUCCGAGUACCUGGAGCGGUACAACCCCAUCCGGUCCCCGUCACCGCGACCACGGAUCACACGGCCAGUCAUGUCAGCAUUCAGUCCACCCAGUCGUGCCAGGACUAGCUUGACGGUGUCGAAGAACACAGCUCAUGCGACUGAGGAUGAUGGUAGUAGCCCGACUCCGGACCCGAACCAGAGCAUGAAGGGGCUUCUCUCGGAUGGGGCCGACUCGCCUGGCGAAGCAGGGAAGAAGAGGAACUUGCAGGCUUUACGGAAGCUGUUCAGCGGUAAGUGAGGAAAGUGGCGGAGCAAACAUGCCGAACCCCCAGAAAUGAAUUAGCACUUGGGCAAGUAUCCUUUACCACUAGUGAUAGUGCGGAAUGCGGGAAACAUUCGAGAAUAGAAUGAAUGUAUCUUCAGCAGUAGAAACUUCAAUGCUAGUCUCACAACGUGGUGGGUUCUUCCCGGAGCAUUGAUAGCAUGGUAAGAUCAAGAAGCAUAAGUAGGCCAACUGGCUGAUCCAUCAUCCCUCUAAUAUUUA